AUGAACAUGUUUAUUAAACCUGGUCAGCCUAUAAAAACUGUUGGACAAAAUCUAGCAGGUUUAUGGAGACCGUCUUUUGUCAAAGUGGAUACACGUUUAUAUGUGUUUGGAGGCGGCGGUAAUGUCACUGACGAUUUGCAUUACCUCGAUUUAAAAAGAAUGCAAUGGCAUACAGUACAGAAUGUUACCGGUGCACCUCCUUGCAAACGUUAUGGGCAUACAGCGUGUCGUUGGAAAGAUUCAAUAGUCAUCUUUGGUGGCUGUAAUGAAUACCAAGAUUAUUGUGGAGAUAUACAUUUGUUCAACUUAAAAACAUCGACUUGGACACAACCUACUAUCACAGGCAGUGUGUGUGCGCGCUACCUACACAGUGCGACCGUUUUCCAAGAUAAACUUAUCAUCUAUGGAGGAUUUGCAAAGAGUUCAGAUUGUACUUAUGUCUUGGAUGAAUUAUGCGUACUCGACUUAAACAGCAUGGUUUGGGAAAAAUAUUGUGAUAUGCCGCCACGUUACAACCAUUCUGCUACUCUUGUAGGCAACAAAAUGUAUAUUUAUGCUGGAAAAGAUGAACAAGGAAACACAGUAUCAGAUUUAUUUAUGGUCAACUUAGCCAAAUCUCCUUACACGACACAUUUGAUAUUAAGUGGCGAUGGUAAUGGAGCAACCUCUGCAACAGCUGCAACCCAUUCUGCCUCCUGCAACCCACGCAUGGUGCUUUUGAAAAGUCAGCAUUUUUGUGAUACAGCUUGCGGAAAAUUGAUUGUAUUUGGAAGAUAUCUCAAUUAUAAUAGUAGUCAUAAAUACCUUCCAACGACUAAUAGUGGUAGUGGUACGAAUAAUAGUCAUCAAUCUCAACAACAACAACAACAACAACAACAACAACAGCAGCAGCAGCAGCAGCAACAAUAUCAAUUGAACAGCAGUGAAACCACUUACAGCUUAUGGAUGUUGGAUUUGGAUACCCUAGUUUGGGAGAAACAAGAGUGUGAUGGUCAUUUUGAUGAAGGAGGAUGGAACUAUUUCACCAUCAUUUCCGAGAAAACAGGAAUAGGAAGUAGUGAUGAUCGACACUCAGUGGAAUCGCACAAUCAAGUCAAUAUCAAUAGUCUUCUAUUCCUAGGCAAUACAGAUCCUUACCGCCCUCAAGGUUAUGAUCACUUUAGAGAUGCACUCGUUAUUCACGGUGAAUCUUUGGGCCUUUACGACAUUGCGGAACCGCGCUUUUCAACUGAGUUCAUCCAAUUACUUAACAGUCCUGAAUUAUCUGAUUUCUCUAUUAUUGCCGCCAAUGGAGAAGAGAUUUACGUUCAUCAAGUCAUAUUAUUAACACGUUGGCCGCAUUUUAAACACAUACAUAAAUCAGGCAUGUCAGAAGCUAUUGAACGAAGGAUGACAAUACCGGAGCCUGUAGAAGUGAUUAUGGCAUUUUUGAAGUUUCUUUACAGUGACCGGUUGGAUGAAAAUGAAUCGUGGCCGGUGAUUUGCGACGUGUUGGUGAUGGCUAAUAUGUACAUGCUGCACCGUCUUAAAAAGCUAUGUUGUGAGCGAUUAUAUAGACGUUAUUUGACAGUCGAAAGUUGUGGUCUCAUAUUUGAAAAAGCCAUCAUGGCUGAGGAAGUCGGGUUAAAAUUGCUUACUUUGAGAUUCAUGUUUCAAAACUAUGGGUAUAUCUUGAAGACCAAUAUGUUGAUGGAUUUACCCGGUUCCAUCAGAGACGAGUUUCUACAAGCUGUGCCGGAAUAUGCUGUGUUAGAAGUGGCAGCAAGAUCAAGGUAUUAUCCUUCAGUAUCAAUGACCGCCUCUUCAACACACCAACAAUUACAACAACCCCAACAUCUACUACUACAGCAGCAGCAACAACACUAUUCAACAGCAAGUAGCAAUAGUAGUCCACAUCACCAUACAAGCCGUAGUCUAUAUUAUAACAGUUCACAUAUGGAAACUUCUUCUACUUCAAUAGUAAACCAUAGCCAUCGGAUCAAUGAUAAUAGUGGCAGUGAUAAUGUCAUCACGGGCGCUUCGAUUACUGCUACUUCCACUUCACCAACUUUUUAUAAUAAUCAUGCACAAUCACAAUCUGUGUACCCGAACGAAAUUAUGUUGAAUCACCAACGCGCGCGUUCAAAUGAUAUGAUACCAAUGACAGCGAAUAGUAGUUCAGAUAUGACGAUUGAGGUUUAA